AUGCUUAUCGUUACUCCAAUCAGAAAAGAGAUUUGCUGUAUAAAGGCAAUAAAAAGCAAAAAUUUUAUUUACUGCAACUCUAAAGCAUAUUUUUUUAAAGUCUUUUUGAAAAUUUUCAAGUCAAACAAAAAAUUAUUAUUUUUGAAUUUCCAAGUUUCACUUUAUUAUCAAAAUACAAGACUUUGUUUUAAAAAGAUAACAAUUUAA